AUGUCAAACUUUAGCAGCAUCAGUCUCAACCUCACCCAUCCUCACACAUCGUCGUCGUCCACAACAAUACCCGCGACGGUCCUCAAGGAAAUCCAAGAUGCAAACGUCCCCCUCUUCAUGAUGGGCCUCCUCCUCCCUCACGCCCUCUGCACCCUCUUCACCUCCGCCCGCUUCGCCUCCCGCCUCUGGGUCACCUGCAAAUGGUUCCUCGAGGACACACUCAUCCUCAUCGCCUGGGUCUUCUCGACGACCCUCUGCGUAGUCUACAGCAUCACCGCAAACACCCCCUCGCUCCUCGGCGCCCCUUCAUCCUCCUCCUCCUCCCUAGCCGACACCGACGCAAACCCGUACAUCAUGCGCACCUACCUCGGCCUAAUAUACUACCAAAUAACCCUCGUCUUCACCAAACUCUCCAUCCUAGCCCUCUACCUCCGCGUCUUCGCCUCCUCUUCCCCCCGACCCAGGGACCGCCUCAUCGCCCGCGCAGCCGUCGCCUUCGUCCUUUUCUACACCUUCCCCUUACUCCUCAUGAGCUUCCUCCAAUGCAACCCCGUUCAAGGCCAGUUCUUCAGCCACCCGACGCAGGUGUGCUUCCGCUUCCCGGACCUCCUCAUCGCCAGCGCAAGCCUGCACUCCGCCACAGACGCCUGGCUCGUCGCCAUGGUCGUCCCCUUCAUCGCCAGGCUCGACCUCCCGCGCCGCCAAAAGAUCGCCCUCGCCUGUGUCAUGAGCCUGGGCGUUCUUGUCAUCGUCGCCAGUAUGGUCCGUCUGCAGCUGAGCCUCCACCUGCACUACCGGCCCAACGACGACGACGCCGGGGUCCGCAACACCCUCGGCUUCUUCGUCAUGACCGUUCUGGAAUGCGACCUCGGGCUCAUUUGUGCCAGCGCGCCGACCCUCCGGCCCCUUCUGGCGAGACUGUUCCCGUCCGUGGUGAUGAACACCGCAAAGCGCAGAUCGCUCGAGUCCGGCGCCGAGACGCAGAGCUUCGACCUCACGAGCCUGACGUACCACGGGUACCCCUGGACGGAACCCAGCACGCCCGCCGGCAUCGCGGCGCGGAGCAGGAACGCCAGCAUCUCGAGCCACCUCAACAAGCUCCGCAUGCCGGUGCCGCCCCUCCCGGUUCUCACCCUGGCGCAGCUCGGGCCGCCGACGCUGGGUCUGGGAAGCUUAAUCACCGGUGCGGCGCCGCGGAGACCGAAGCGGAGUUGGCCUGUUACGGAGGAUGGGACACCAAUCUUGUUUGAGACGUCGGAGAGGGAGAGGGGGGGAUAUGCUUCGCAGGCGUCUUCUGUUUAUUCACAGGAUAUGACAUGCGCUGGUGAUGACGCGUGGCGCGAGGAAGAGUAUGAGACAAAGGGCGGCGUGAUACUCAAGACGAUGAGGGUGAGCCUUCGCUCCGAGUAUGUGACACAGAAUGAUUCCGAGGGAGGAGCAAGGGUGGCGCCGGCGAGCAUCGACCGUUCGAGUCCGGUGUCUGGGCUCAGCGGUGAUACCUGGCCCGUGACCGUAGACAGAAGCAGGGUAGGAAUGACGGGACGAAAUGCAGUCGAGGGAAGAUUAGGCGGAGUUGUGAACGAGAUACCCAGGGAAGAAGCAGUCGAGAGUGAGACGCCAGAAGUUCCCAAGCGAAGCCCCUUGAGGAACAGUGAAAGAUAA